GAAAAAAGAACUACUUGACAUGACGUUUCACAUAUUUCAAAGACUCAGUUUGACAAUGGAUCGAGGAUUCUUCCUCGUCGUGGCUACGUUGACUGUUCUGGCUGCAGUUCCCACCGUGCGGGGAACAGAACACUUGACUUUUGACAACAGCGUAGAGGCGAACGUCACCCGUGAAGGCUGCGACAUGACAGCCUUGUGUUUGGAGACACCAGAAGACUGCGACCCUCAGAACAACCAAAGCUGCUUAUUUUCAUCCUUGAACGCAAGCUCCUCCAUGGCUCCCUUUAACCUGAGUGUUGGAUUGAGUGGGAACUUCAGCAAAAACAGUACAGGAAUUGCUUUCGGACUCACGCAGAACUUCACUGAGGAGAACACCCAGCUGUUUAUCUGUGGACGCAAUAGCACAGGGGGAUUUUUAUUCGCCACCGUGACAAGAUACCCUAAUGGUAGCCUGGAAUCAAAUGAGAGGAAUACGACUCAAAUCCGCAACCAGUUGAAUGACAACAAUACCCAAUGUGAAUUUAUCAUUCCAAAUGUCAAUACAAGCAUGAUGAAUGAGAUGCUGGACGGGACCACAGCUGUCGUCGUACUGGGCAGAGUAUAUUUUAAUAUGAACAACACGGCCGCGAACUUCACGCUUAAUCAAAACUUCGGUCGUGUGAACCUCACCGACGUUAUGGGCACAGUCAUGGAACCCUUGAAUAUCACCCGUGAAGGCUGCGGCAUGGACGUCCAGUGUCUGGAAACACCAGAAGACUGCAACCCAGUAAACAACCAAACCUGCUUGUUUUCGUCCUUGAAUGCAAGCUCCUCUAUGGCCCCCUUCAACCUGACUGUCGGAUUGAGUGGGAACUUCAGCGCAAACAGUACAGCAAUCGCCUUUGGACUCACACAGAAUUUCAUGCAGGGGAACACCCAGCUGUAUAUCUGUGGAAGCAAUAGGACUGGGGGAUUUUUUUUCGAAACUGCAAUGAGAUUCCCGAAUGGUAGUCUGCAAAGAAAUACGAGGAACACAAUGCUGGCGCGCUCCGUACUGAAUGAGAACCAGUCCCAAUGUGAAUUUACAAUUCCAAAUGUUAACACAAGUAUGAGGGGCGAGACGCGGGAUGGGACCACGGCCAUUGUUGUCCUGGGAACUGUCACAGUGAACAGUACUACCGAUAUGAGCGAGGGCUUCAUGGAACAGCUGAUCAGCAGUCGGGUCAACCUCACCGAAGCUAAUGGCACAAUUCUUCCAAAAGACAUCAACAGUAUGACUUGUGGAGUUGACAAACUGUGUAUCGAGAGUCCAGCAAACUGCAACCCACAGGCUUCCAAUUGUUUAUUCUCGUCUUUGAACACCAACGUCAUGAGCGGAAAUUUGAACGUCACGGUGGAGCUGGACGGAGACUCCUCCGGUUCCGGAUACAUUGCUUUGGGACUCACACGGAGUGAUGCGCAGGACAUGACCAAUCUUUAUGUCUGUGGUAGAAAUGGCACUAACAACGAAUUUGUGUUCCAAACACUGGUCUUAAACAAUACCAACAUGAUGCUCAGUAACAUCGAUGAGGAGAUCGAUAAUCUCUGCAGCUUCGUGAACACGACGUCUAUCCAAUGUACCUUCACCAUCGUUAACCCAGGCAGCAACAUAGUUAGCACCAGGCAGUCUUCCACUAGAUUCAAUGUCUCUGUGGGAAAUGGAACAAUUGAAGGUGGUGUUAUAGGUUCCUUCGACCCUCAAUUUAUCACCGGACUGAUAGACAUCACGGACGCUAGCGCUGACGCUGACUCUGAGUUAAACAUUACCAGGGAAGGCUGCAAUGAAACCAACUUGUGUCUGUCAACACCAUCUAACUGCGACCCCUUAGUAGACAACAUGUGUCAAUUCAUGUCGAGCAACACCAGCACUAUAGUGAACGAUGCCUUCAACAUGACUGUCAGACUUAGAGGAUAUUCCACAGGAUUCUUUGCACUCGCACUGGCCCCGAAUGCAUCCGUGGGCUCAAGCUCAGUUUUCGUCUGUGGAGCAUCUGCUAAUGGAAAUCGCUUUCAGACAUUGAGUAGAAACAACACAAACGGAGCCUUUACUAUGGUUAACUCGCCUAUGACGAGCAAUGUGAUCACCGAUUUUGAUGGGAGAUCAAUCCAAUGCCAGUUUGACAUCCUGAACUUAGGUGGCGUUUCAACCAGGCAGACCGACGGAAGUGUCGCAGAUGUCACUCUAGCAAACGGAACACUGAAUGAAACUACCGGUUUGCCCAUUGAAUUCAUAUCCCUUCUGAACAUAAGGGUGAACCUCACCGACGUUAUGGGCACAGUCAUAGAACCCUUGAAUAUCACCCGUGAAGGCUGCGGCAUGGACGUCCAGUGUCUGGAAACACCAGAAGACUGCAACCCAGUAAACAACCAAACCUGCUUGUUUUCGUCCUUGAAUGCAAGUUCCUCUAUGGCCCCCUUCAACCUGACUGUCGGAUUGAGUGGGAACUUCAGCGCAAAGAGUACAGCAAUCGCCUUUGGACUCACACAGAAUUUCAUGCAGGGGAACACCCAGCUGUAUAUCUGUGGAAGCAACAGCGCGGGGGAAUUUUUUUUCGAAACCGCGAUGAGAUUCCCGAAUGGUAGUCUGCAAAAUAAUACGAGGAGCACAAUUGUGGCGCGCUCCGUACUGAAUGAGAACCAGUCCCAAUGUGAAUUUACUAUUCCAAAUGUUAACACAAGUGUGAGGGGCGAGACGCGGGAUGGGACCACGGCCAUUGUUGUCCUGGGAACUGUCACAGUGAACAAUACUAACGAUGAGAUCGAGGGCUUCAUGGAACAGCUGAUCAGCAGUCGGGUCAACCUCACCGAAGCCAAUGGCAUAAUUCUUCCAAAAGACAUCAACAAUAUGACUUGUGGAAUUGACAAACUGUGCAUCGAGAGCCCAGCAAACUGCAACCCACAGGCUUCCAAUUGUUUAUUCUCGUCUUUGAACACCAACGUCAUGAGCGGAAAUUUGAACGUCACGGUGGAGCUGGACGGAGACUCCUCCGGUUCAGGAUACAUUGCCUUGGGACUCACACAGAGUGAUGCGCCGGACAUCACCAAUCUUUUUGUCUGUGGUAGAAACGGCAGUAACAACGAAUUUGUGUUCCGAACACUGGUCUUAAACAAUAACAACAUGAUGCUCAGUGACUCCACUGAGGAGAUCGUUGAUCUCUGCAGCUUCGUGAACAGCUCGUCCAUCCAAUGUACCUUCACCAUCGUUAACCUAGGCAGCAACAGGCUUAGCACAAGGCAGACUUCCAAUAGCUUCAGUGUCUCGGUGGGAAAUGGAACAAUUGACGGUGAUGAUAUAGGUGCCUUCACCGCCCAAUUAGACAGCGGAACGUUAGACAUCACAAACGCUAACGCUGACGGUUCGAUCAUUCCUGAGUUAAACAUCACCAGGGAUGGCUGUGGCAUGGACGUCCUGUGUCUGGAAACACCAGAAGACUGCAACCCAGUAAACAACCAAACCUGCUUGUUUUCGUCCUUGGAUGCAAGCUCCUCUAUGGCUCCCUUCAACCUGACUGUCGGAUUGAGUGGGAAUUUCAGCGCAAACAGUACAGCAAUCGCCUUUGGACUCACACAGAAUUUCAAUCAGGGGAACACCCAGCUGUAUAUCUGUGGAAGCAACAGCGCGGGGGAAUUUUUUUUCGAAACCGCGAUGAGAUUCCCGAAUGGUAGUCUGCAAAAUAAUACGAGGAGCACAAUUGUGGCGCGCUCCGUACUGAAUGAGAACCAGUCCCAAUGUGAAUUUACUAUUCCAAAUGUUAACACAAGUAUGAGGGGCGAGACGCGGGAUGGGACCACGGCCAUUGUUGUCCUGGGAACUGUCACAGUGAACAAUACUAACGAUGAGAUCGAGGGCUUCAUGGAACAGCUGAUCAGCAGUCGGGUCAACCUCACCGAAGCUAAUGGCAUAAUUCUUCCAAAAGACAUCAACAAUAUGACUUGUGGAAUUGACAAACUGUGCAUCGAGAGCCCAGCAAACUGCAACCCCCAGGAUCCCAAUUGUUUAUUCUCGUCUUUGAACACCAGCGAAAACGGAAAUUUGAGCGUCACGGUGGAGCUGGACGGAGACUCCUCCGGUUCCACAUACAUUGCCCUGGGACUCACACAGAGUGAUGCGCCGGACAUCACCAAUGUUUAUGUCUGUGGUAGAAACAUCACUAACAACGAACUUGUGUUCAGAACACUGGUCAGAAACAAUACCAACAUGAUGCUCAGUGAGUCCAAAGAGGAGAUCGUUGAUCUCUGCAGCUUCGUGAACAGCUCGUCCAUCCAAUGUACCUUCACCAUCGUUAACCUAGGCAGCAACAGGCUUCGCACAAGGCAGACUUCCAAUACCUUCAAUGUCUCAGUGGGAACAGGAUCAAUUGAGGGUGAUGAUAUAGGUGCCUUCAACGUCGAAUUAGACAGCGGACCGUUAGACAUCACAAACCCUAACGCUGACGGUUCGAUCGUUCCUGAGUUAAACCUCACCAGGGAUGGCUGUGGCAUGGACGUCCUGUGUCUGGAAACACCAGAAGACUGCAACCCAGUAAACAACCAAACCUGCUUGUUUUCGUCCUUGAAUGCAAGCCCCUCUAUGGCCCCCUUCAACCUGACUGUCGGAUUGAGUGGGAACUUCAGCGCAAACAGUACAGCAAUCGCCUUUGGACUCACACAGGAUUUCAUGCAGGGGAACACCCAGCUGUAUAUCUGUGGAAGCAAUAGCACUGGGGGAUUUUUUUUCGAAACCGCGAUGAGAUUUCCGAAUGGUAGUCUGCAAAAUAAUACGAGGAACACAAUUCUGGCGCGCUCCGUACUGAAUGAGAACCAGUCCCAAUGUGAAUUUACUAUUCCAAAUGUUGACACAAGAAUGAUGAAUGAGACGAUGGACGGGACCACAGCUGUCGUCGUACUGGGCAGAGUAUAUUUUUAUAUGAACGACACGGCAGAGAACUUCAUGCUUGAUAAGGACUUCGGUCGUGUGAACCUCACCGACGUGAUGGGCAGAAUUAUGAUGGACCCCUUGAAUCUCACUCGUGAAGGCUGCGGCAUUUACGUCCAGUGUCUGGAAACACCAGAAGACUGCAACCCAGUGAACAACCAAACCUGCUUGUUUUCAUCCUUGAAUGCAAGCUCCUCUAUGGCUGGCUUCAACCUGAAUGUCGGAUUGAGUGGGAACUUCAGCGAAAGCAGUACAGCAAUUGCUUUCGGUCUCACGCAGAAUUUCAUGGAGGAGAACACCCAGCUAUAUAUCUGUGGACGCAACAGCACUGGGGGAUUUUUUUUCAACACGGCGAGGAGAUACCCGAAUGGUAGUCUACAAAUAAAUAUGAGGAACACAAUUCUGGCGCGCUCCGCACUGAAUGAGAACCAGUCCCAAUGUGAAUUUACUAUUCCAAAUGUUGACACAAGAAUGAGGGGCGAGACGCGGGACGGGACCACGGCCAUUGUUGUCCUGGGAACUGUCACAGUGAACAGUACUACCGAUGAGAUCGAGGGCUUCAUGGAAAGGCUGACCAGCAGUCGGGUGAACCUCACCGAAGCUAAUGGCACAAUUCUUCCAAAAGACAUCAACAAUAUGGCCUGCGGAAGAACCAAAUUGUGUAUCGAGAGCCCAGCAAACUGCAACCCCCAGGCUCCCAAUUGUUUAUUCACGUCAUUGGAAACCAGCGCCAUGAACGGAAAUUUGAAUGUCACAGUGGAGCUGGACGGAGAUUCCUCUGGUUCUGGAUACAUUGCCUUGGGACUCACACAGAGUGAUGCGCAGAACAUCACCAAUAUAUAUGUCUGUGGUAGAAACGGCAGUAACAACGAAUUUGUGUUCCGAGCACUGGUCAUGAACAAUACCAACAAUACCAGCAUGGACUUCUAUGAAUCCAACGAGGAGAUAGUUGAUGUCUGCAGCUUCGUGAACGGUACGUCCAUCCAAUGUACCUUCACUAUCGUUAACCUAGGCAGCAACACAGUUAGCACCAGGCAGUCUUCCAAUAGUUUCAAUGUUUCUGUGGGAAAUGGAACAAUUGACGGUGACGUUAUAGGUCGCUUCGAUAUCCAAUUGGACAGCGGAAUCAUAGACAUUACGAAACCUAACGAUGGAACUGAGUUAAACAUUAUCAGGGCUGGCUGCAAUGAAACCAACUUGUGUCUGUCAGAACCAAAGGGCUGCAACCCCUUAGAAGACAACAUGUGUCAAUUCAUGUCGAGCAACACCAGCAAUCCAAAGAACAUUACCUUCGAUAUGACCGUCAGACUUAGAGGAUAUUCCAUGGGAUUCUUUGCACUAGCACUGUCCUCGAAUGCUUCGGUGGGCUCAAGCUCAGUUUUCCUCUGUGGAGGCACUACUAAUGGAAGAUCCUUUCAGACAUUGAGUAGAGACAACACUAACGCAAACAUAGGCGAAGCCUUUAAUUGUCUUGACAGGAGAACGAGUGAUUUGGAGACCAAUUUUGACGGGAGAUCAAUCCAAUGCCAGUUCAACAUCCUGAACAUAAAUGGCAGUUCAAAAUGGGAGACCAACGGGAGUCUCGCAGAUGUCAUUCUAGCAAAUGGAACACUGAAUGAAAGUACAGGUUUGCCCAUGGAAUUCAACAUCCUUCUGACCGCAAGGGUGAACCUCACCUCACCGAACGGAACUAUAUGUGGCGCCUGGACAGGAAAGAGCAGCAAUGCAAUGAUGCUUCUGCCGAGCAUUAUCUUACUUCUGGCUUUGCUGCGAGGCUAAGAGAACAUAAAAGCGGCGAACGAGGAGGCCUUCAGUUCUUAUUCCAGCAACAGCUCUUGCCGUGCACCUGUGAAAACAUUGUUUUGUUGUUGUUUUUUAUCAGGUUUACAUUUUCUUUUUGACUACUAUACGUAUGUCAGUAUGUAACUGUGUGGGAUUUGUGUAGAUCUUGGACAACGGGGGCAGUUAUCAUGAAAGCAGCUCAUUAGACUCGAUGAAAUAUUUCUGGUCUGACAAGUUUGAACUGUUGGAAUAAACUUAACCUUAUUCACAAACAUAUAUCAUUCGUGUUCAUUAGAUUUUUUUGCAAGCAAUGUA